UCUUUCCCAUCAAACCAAAAAAAAAACCAUCGCGGCGUCGGCGGCGGCGGAACCUUCCCCGGCGAUCACCGGAUCCAUCCCUGUAGGCAAAACAAUGAGGAGGUACAGUCCCCCGUAUCAUAGUCCCCCAAGGAGGGGAUAUGGCGGCAGAGGAAGAAGUCCCCCUAGGAGAGGAUAUGGAGGACGGAGGGAGCAGUGUUCAGGAAGCCUCCUGGUCCGCAACAUCCCAUUAAGCUGCAGGCCUGAUGAUCUUCGAGUUCCUUUUGAAAGGUUUGGUCCUGUCCGGGAUGUGUACCUGCCAAAGGAUUAUUACUCCAAGCAGCCCCGAGGGUUUGCAUUUGUGGAGUUUGUUGACCCUUAUGAUGCCUCUGAGGCCCAAUAUCACAUGAAUCGCCAAGUACUUUUUGGCCGAGAGAUAACUGUCGUUGUUGCUGCCGAGUCACGGAAAAGGCCAGAUGAUAUGAUUAAUAGAGCUAGAGUCAGGGGGUAUUCUGGUGAACGUGAAAGGCGGCAUUCUCGUUAUGGGAGGUCUCGUUCCCGGUCACGCUCCUACUCUCCUCGCUAUCGUGGCCGUCCUCGGUCAAGGUCGUACUCUCCUGCAUCAAGACGCCGAGAUGACUACUCUGCUUCUCCACCAAGAUCACAUCACACACAAUCUCCCAGGCGUCAGCCAGAAGGGCAUGAAGACGACAAGCGGAGGUCCUAUUCACCUGCCGGUAGAGGUGGUGGGCAGCAUGAUGGAAAGAGGUCACCACCACUGGACAGUGACGGAUCACCUCCACGCCGUAGGUCGCGCAGGCAAUCCUCAAAAUCACCUGUGGGGUCACGCUCAAGGUCCCCUGAUGCUUCUCCUGCCCGCAGCGACUGACAGAUUGGUGCUAUCCAUAUUGUCGCGUCUUUCACAGCGUCCAUGUACUCUGCUCUAGCUUCGGUGUUUGUUGGACCGAGUUAGUUUGAGUGAAUCCUUCUGCAUUGUGUUUCGCUAUUGUCGUCGUGCCUGGAUAUGCAGAUCCUUACUGAAUCUGAACGAGCCAAUGAUUUAGGUUUUCGCCUAUCACUUCAGGAAUAUUGAAGUAUUUCCAAAUUGCACUUCCAUCGAAAUCUUCACUACU